AUGAACUGCAGGUUUGCCACAUGUGCUUUUGUGUGGCAGAGAAAAAUCGAUUUAGCUCAGCCGUGCCUCGGUCAGGAUUCGUGCUAUCCACUGGCUUUUGGUGUUCCGGCAAUUCUCAUGAUUUUGGCUACGUGUCUCUUUAUGGCUGGAUCUUUUUGGUACAAGAAACCUCCGCCAAAAGAGAAUAUUUUCGCAGAGGUCUCACGUGCCAUGGUACAAGCAUUUAUCAACAAACACCGUUCAAAAGACAAACAGGAGCACUGGUUAGAUCACUAUUUGGACACGCAUGUGUGUGAAAGUGAUCCAAAAUGUCUGGAUUAUCAUGUAGAAAUCGGGAACAAGAAUGUUUGCCAAAAGAAAUCGUUUAUCAACGAUAUCAAGUCUCUCCUUCGAGUUAUCAUCAUGUUUCUGCCAGUGCCGAUGUUCUGGGCACUUUAUGACCAACAAGGCUCAAUAUGGUUGAUUCAAGGCAUCCAAAUGGACUGUCGCCUCUCUGACACUAUGCUUCUACUACCAGAUCAAAUGCAGACACUGAAUGCCGUACUCAUCCUGUUAUUCAUCCCGUUUUUCGAAACCAUCGUGUAUCCUCUUACAUCCAAGUGCUUCGUUAUCACACCUUUGCGGAAGAUGGUUGUCGGUGGUUUGCUCGCCUCACUAUCCUUUCUUGUCACCGGCUUGGUACAACUCAGCGUCAAUAAGACUCUACCAACGCUUCCCGCAUCAGAUGAAGCUUAUGUUAGCAUGUGGAAUCAACUGGACACCUGUUCUGUGGUUGUUACGUUUCCAAACCUGGAUCAGUACACCAUCAAAGCGAAUGUGUCGAUGAUUGACAACCGAAAAACAAAAGAGACAUCAAUUCACAUAAAAGCGCCCAGUACAAAAGCCACAGCAUGGACGGUUCCUAUCACUCUCGAGUAUAAAGGCUGCACUCCUGACAAAUACAAGAAUCUGCCCACGAAGUUUGAUGUGCAGUUGAUAAGCGGCAUCUUCUUUGUAGCGAUUAGCCCCAGUGGUGUCUAUCAAGGCAAAGCAGAUCCAUCCAAACCGACGCAAGGAACUGGGGAGUUCAGCUUAGGGUGA